AUGGGCAACUGCUUGUGCAGGCGUGAAUCGAGCCAAGUGUGGGCCACGGUCGACCAAUUAUAUGAUCCGAAACAGAGUUUAAAUGUGGCUCUUGAUGAUGAUGUUAAUGGAGAAGGCAAUAUUAGUCAAGCUUUUUCGAGUAGUAAUCGUGAGCUAGUUAAGGUGAAGAUCACAAAGUGGGAGCUUUUGGAGAUGGUGGCAAUUGCUCGAGUGGAAGGCGUGCCUGUGGAACGACUUCUCCUUUCCCGGUUGAUUGAUCGUUCGGGAUUUGCUCCUCCGCCCGAGUGUUCAUGGGAACCUGUCCUAGCAUCUUCCAAAGAGUCACCUUCUGUUUUUGAAAGUUUGGUUCAAGGACCGGCUCUGGUGGUACAACUUCUCCUCUCGGUUGCUAGACUUCUCCGAGGGCGUCUAAGGCGGAUAACGGUGGUAUUACGGCGUCAGGUGGUCGGAAAAGAGGCCGUAGAGGUGGUUUCCUGCCAGUUCCGAACAGCUCCCGGCCAUUUCCGAUUGCUUCCCAUAGCCGGCGAGGUUUUGACAUCCAGGCUUAUUCUCCGGCGACGGUUGUCCCACAUUGAUUCUAUAGGGAAAAUGAGCCUAGUAUAUAAGCCUAGUGAGCUACUCCUCCUAUUACCAAUUGGUUUUGAGAUAGAACCUCACUAUGGUGCACCUAGGCUCACCCUCUUAUGGUGCGCUUCAUCUGGUGGGACCGCACCCUCUUCUCCCGAUUAUAUAAAUCUAAUAUGGUAUCAGAGCGGGCCCGUCUUAGGACCUGCAAUGACUCUCUCUACCCGGCCUGCUCUGGGCUUGGGCUUAUCUCUCUACCCGGCCUGCUAUGUGGGCUUGGGCUUACGAAGGACUCACAAGUGA